GAGAGACCAGCGGGCGGAAGAGAACACGGGCGUUUGUGUUAUUCUUCCCCCCACGACGGUGGUGCCAGGCGCUGGUCCUCCUGUUCUCUAGUCGUGGUUGGCAGAAGAGAGGAGAUACUCGCAGUGGCAUCACCCAUAAUUGGCCCUCAUUAACGAGAUGUUGAGGUUAAUGACCCCCCACGCUUUCCUCCUCGGCCUCGCGGUCUUCCUGGCGGGCGUGAGUGUGCUUUUGGGUGAGGGCGUGGGCGUGUGGGCGGGGAAGAGCGGCGUCGGAGAAGGGGCACUGAAAAAGGGGCGUGUCAAGAGGGUGGAGCCUAAGUUUGUGACGCCUCACAAGCUUGACAACCGCCGCCGACAUGACUGGAACAUGUUCGACGAGGAAGGGGAAUCCUCGACGCGUAGAAAACGGGCACCGAAGAAAACGGGAAGAAUGGCUGCCGAGGAAAAAUACAAAUUCGAAAUGGAAAAAGGAAAGAAGAUGGACAGGCGCACGAGGAACGUGAGAAGAGCAGAAAACGAGGGAGAAUGGAGGAGUGAAGGAGAGAGAAAGAGAAUGAGGAAAAUGAGACCAUCAGAAGAUGAAGGCGAAUGGAGGGGUAAAGGAAAAAGAAAGAAAAUGAGAGCAGGAAAGGCGGGAGAAUCGAGGAAUGCAGGUGAAAAAAAGGGACGCAAGGAAGAGAAAAGAGCAAAGAAAAGAGGAGGAGGAGGAGGAGGACAAAGAGGAAAGGAACACGGAGGCACGGAUGCAAAUAAUGGAAAGCGAACAUCAGGUAAAGUAAAAUACGGAAGAAAGAAGGGAGAAAAAUUGAAGAAGAAGACAGAAGAAGCGAAUAAAGAGGGAAGGAAAGAAGUCAAAAAGGUGGCAAAGAAGGUAGAUGACGCCAUGCGAAGGAAAGUCGCGACGAAAGACAAAGAUGAGAAAGGAAGUGGAGAGGAAACGUAUGUUUUGGGAGUUACAACGAAGUUUAGCUCGAGCUCUAAAGGAAAGUGCAUAGCAACGGGCGCCGUUCUGGGAAAAGAUUCGGUGGUGGUGUACACGACUAAUCAGAAGAAGAAGAGCAAGUGUAAGAUAAAGAUUAGGGGCAAGAAGGGUACAAAACUGACGAUGCAAUGCAGUCGUUUUUCGCUCGAGGACAGUGGCUGCAGCGCCGAGAUGCUACAAGUGACCGACAAGGGAAGCAAAGAAACAACCAAAUUCUGCAAAGACGACACCCCAACGUUUUCCUUGUCAACCAACAACCAAAUUCAACUCAAAUACAACAAGAAGAAAUUCAGGAAAAAGGACGAAGAACUCAGUUUGGGUUUCGUGUGUAAAGUGGCCGUCGAAGGUUCGACCCAAGCUGACCUCCUUCUGGGAAAUGAGGCCGACUGUGGGAAAACCUUUGACUUGGAGGUCGGUCAGUCAGCUGUGGUUGCGUCCACGGCCUCGGGAGGGAGCUGCUCCAUCACUCUUAAUGGGAAGUCCGGAUCUGUGCUCAGUAUUGAAUGUCCUCACCUCAGUUUCAAGAGGAAAUGCAGAGCUGAGGAUCUUUACGUCGAAGAUCUGAACGAGUAUGAGAGUUUUAGACUGUGCAAAGGCUCCACUGACCUGCCGUUCACCGUUACGACGUCCAGCAUGAGGUUGACUUAUAGCAGGGACAAGGCUACGCAAUGGGGCCAAUUCGUAUGCCGGAUUACCGCUGUUGUUUCCCUGGUACGUGUCAUGCCCUCCCCUGCUAUCGGGGUCAAGACUGUUGCUAAUAGGGAGGUUUCCGCGACAUAA